UUAUUGUUUUAACCUUUACUAUUUUCCAUACCAGGAUCGUUUUAUCCACACGGGCACACAAACAGAAGCUCCAAGUGUGAGAACAUGUGCCACUCAACUGUCAAUUGGGACCUUGAAAGCACACGUGCACAGCCAAAGGACCCAGACACCAGUGUUGUCACAUGAGACUGCUGGCACACAAACCACACUGCCUGAGUACAUGUUUUCAUCCACACCUAUAAAGGGGCCAGGGUUUGGACCACAAAAAAGAGCAUGUGUUGAGUCAGAGGAGGAAGAGGGAUUCACCUCACCAGAGUCACAAGUCGACCCAAAUGACCCAACCUUUACUCCUGGCGGAUCCCUAACAACACAUGAUUCAACAAUGUCGACGGAAAGUGCUGUAUACAUGGAUAAAAAAUACAUUGUAUUUGAGUCCUGCCUGAGGGAGCUUUUUGACACAUGUCCAGUGUGCAAGAGAAAUUGCGAAGUGCAGCAGCAACAGAAGGGCACGUAUGUUGCAUUUCAUCAAACGUGUCCAAAAUGCAACUACUCCAGGAAGUGGCAAAGUCAGCCCAUGAUUAAGAACACCCCAGUUGGCAAUGUACAGUUAUCUGCUGCUACAUAUUUCACUGGUGCAUCCUUCAUCCAGCUGGAAAAGCUAUGCCGCGCCUUGCAGCUCCAGAUUUCUCAUUAUGACACCUUCCGGAAACAUGCAAGGAAAUACCUGGAACCUGCAAUCGUCCACAAGUGGAAGAGUGACCAGCAGGUCCUUUUCUCCACAUUGAAACUGGGGGGGAAAGUUCAAGUUGCAGGAGACAUGCGUGCAGAUUCUCCAGGGCACUCUGCAAAAAUUGGGAGCUAUUCCUUGAUGCACAUGGACAGCAACAAAAUGUUGGACCUCCAGCUAGUUCAGAGCAAUGAAGUGGGUGGUAGCUACCACAUGGAAAAGGAGGGACUACGACGAAGUCUGGACCAUCUGCAAUCCAAUGGCUUGGCUGUGGAUUAUAUUGUUACAGACAGACACCCACAGAUCCAGAGGUUUCUGAGAGACCUACAAAUUACACAGUUUUAUGACGUGUGGCACUUUGAAAAAGGUUUGUCCAAGAAACUGCAGAAACUUGCUAAAAACAAAGACUGUCAGAUUUUGAAUAAGUGGCUGCGUGCCAUAAAGAACCACGUGUACUACAGUGCAACGUCCUCAACAUCGGGCCCAGAGAAGGUGGCAAAGUGGACAUCCAUACUAAAUCACAUGCAGGAUGUGCAUACUCACGACAACCCCAUCUACCCAAAGUGUGCACAUGCUGACAGGGUGUCGAAGGAUAAAAACAAGUGGUUCCAGCCAGGGUCAGUUGCACUGUACAAGGUAGAAAAGACCCUGACCAACAAGAGGGUCCUGAAAGACGUGGAGAAGCUAAGCCACCACUACCAGACUUCUACGCUGGAGUCCUUCCACAGUUUGGUUCUGCAGUUUGCUCCUAAAAAUGUGGUUUUUCCAUAUGUUGGGAUGUUAUGCAGGUUGUACCUUGCAUCCAUGCAUCACAACGAAAAUUCCAGCCGUGAGCAGGCAACAACAGCUUAAGGCCAAGCUGUCUACAGAGUGUCGUAUCCGAAGGCCAAGAAGGGAGAACCCACCGCAAAGCCGGUCAAAACAGACCCCAUGUACA